UUCCUUAUUUAAAGCCCAGUCUCCAGGUUACAGACUGUUCUGCCCAGGAUCUGCUGCUGGCUGGAGGAGGUGCAGCCAAGCCAUCGUCCCUCGGCAGUGACAUGAUGCCCGCAGGAACAAUGAGCAAGGAGCAGCUGAAGAAGAAGCUGGAUGCCCUUCAGUGUCACUUCACCUGGAGCCUGGGUGUCGACUCUUUCAGUCUUUGGCAUCUCCUGCAGAAACUGGAUGUUGAGAUCAAGCACACAGCCCAGCAGAACCAGGUGGCCCUCCUGGGGCUCCAGGCCUACCUGCACCAGCUGAACAACCACAGCAAGGAAGCUCUGCAGAGCCUCAAAGCUGCUGAGGAACACAAUGACAAGAAGCAUCUGUGGACAUCUACUGCUGGCUCUUUGACCAUCUACGGGAAUUAUGCUUGGAUCCACUACCUUCAGGGCUCCUACCAGGAGGCUGAAACCUGGCUGGAACGAGUUCAGCCGCUCUGCUCAACUCCUUGGGAUGUGGGGCUGAUCCCACACAUCCAAGCCCAGAAAGGCUGGUCCCUCCUGGCCAUCAGAGCCCGAAACGGGGAACGGGCAAGAGAGUGCUUCAACAUGGCCUUGAUGCUUGAACCAGAGAACAAAUCUUUCCGUACUGGGCUUGCAAUGGCUCUUUAUUCCUCCUGGAAUUUCUCCUGGCAACCUGAUAUUGAAAGAGAAGCCAAAAUCCACUUGGAAAGAAUUGUCGACGAGCAGCCAGAAAACUACAGAGCCAAAAUGUACUUGGCCAAGCUACUUAAACAAGGUGAUAGGGAAAAAGCAACUGGCUUAGUUAAAGAAUGUGCAGAGAAAAGCUCUGACCCCGAGGUCCUCAAACUAUCAGUUUUGUUCUGGUUGCCACUGUCAACACAGAAAGCGUCUGAGAUCAUCCAGCAAGCCCUGCAGCAGGACCCAGGUUACCACCUUCUCUACCAGGCCUUGGCCAACUGCUACAAGCAACAGUGGGUUGAAGCAAAUCAGAAAGAAAAGGAUAAGAUACGGUGUAAAGCCAUCAAGGAACUCCAGCAAAUUGUUCAGGAACAUCCUGACCUUGACCUUACACUUGUCAAGCUGCAGUUGGCAGAGUUCCUCGGUAUAAAAAAGCCAUCACAGGAAGAAAAGAUUUAUGAGGAGCUGCAGAGGCAAAUCAACACCCUGAGCCUCAGAUGUCAGCAAGCCCUGAAUCUCUCCUGGGGAGAUUUCUUCCUCUACCGGGAGAAAUGCACGGCUGGGGCAAAAGCCAAGUUCAUGGAAUGCUACAAAAUUCCUGUGCAGACAGACCAGAGGAGGGAAUGUGGGCACAGGCUGUUGAGGAUGGCCAAGACCUACCAGCGCAGCGGUGACGCUGACGCUGCCAACGACAUCCGCCUCUUCCUCCAAGAGGCCGACAAGCACCUGCCCAGGGAACCUGCUGCGCUCGGUUUAGAUGAUGAGGAUCACCCCAGCCCGCUGAGAAUUUGGCAUGACUUUUGCCAAGGCUAGAAGGCCAAAAGGACUGUCUGGCUCUGCGCAGCAGGCCCAUCCCUCACGUGGACGUGGUGGCUCUGUCAGCUCCUCACGUCAAAUCCAGGCCCACCCGUGGGGAACCAAGUGUCCAAACCUUACACACGCUGCUGCGUGCUGCUGCUCCCAGAGGGAAUGAAAACAAGAGCGAAAAUUUUGUCUUAGAGGGUCUGAGCACAAUCUUCUGCAGGUGUGGACCUGCAUCUCUCCCUUGGAGCUGCCAUUGAUCAGAACUGAAUGCUGAUUAGGGCAAUGUGAGAAAUCAGCUCAUUAAUUGUAAGAAUUCUACCAUUAUAAAGAAGCAGGAGGUGAAUUCCUCCACAAGAUCAGUGAGGAGCCAUGAUGAGGGUGAAGUCCUUCUGUACAGGACACAGAUGGUCACUGACCCGUCCAAAUGCAUUAAAUGCUCCUGAUUAAGGAGCCCACAGGUGUGAUUUUGUCUGCAUUAAUCCUCAGAACACACAUUCCUGCC